CAAACCUCGAAAGACUGAUAAUUCCACCUUGCUAGGCACCGCCAUAUCCCCAAGCCGCGCAAUUCACUUGUUUUCGCGAUGCAUUCAGCACUUCGAAAACGCAAAGUCUCGCGAGUGAUAAGAGUUUCAGGCGCGACGAAAUGUAGGAUCGGCAAAAAAUGGUUGGACGGCAAACGCAAGGAAACUCGAUACGUCACAAAGGAGAUCAAAAAGCAAUCAAUUAGUAACAAAACUUCUUAUGCCAAGCAUAAGCGGCCAGAAGCAGUCACCAACAAGGCAAGACAUAUAUCGAUAAAAGAAGAGACUCGAAGUAAACCACCUAAGCAAGUACAACAAGGCAAGUUGUCGGCAACAGCAAACAAGUUCAACCUCCCGGCCCUACCUUCGGGAUCGUGGGAGGAUAAGAUCGAAAAAAUUAGUCUCUGUGAGGGUAAGGUCGAUAGCCGUGGGUGUCCGGUCGUUUACACAAUUUGGAAGGACGAAAGAAAGGCCAAGUUUGACUGGCACACCAUAUGCAAGAAGUGCCCGAAGAAGUUGGGUCAUUUUAUGAACGACCUACUCGACGAUUCUAGUUAGGAAAGAGGCCCGUUCCUGGAUCGGUCAUGCUUACAAAAACGCGUAACGGGGCCCGUCCCAGCGCGAUGGUCCUUCUUCUUUUUCCUCUUUGCGUUUUCUUCAUUUGCCUUGCCUUUACUUUUUGCUCGUUCUGUUAUAAUACCACGAUAGCCUUGCGCCACGAGUGGAGUUCAUAUCGCUCUAGUUAGUUCCGUUUUUUGAAUCAGUUUCUGUACGUCUGAUUGCGAGUCCUGCUGCUCUGAUUUUCAUAUGGGGUAAAGAAAGCAUCAUGCGGACGGACAAAGACUUUUCGUUAUUUCAUGAACUCCCAGCCCAGUUAGUGGAUAGGAUAUUCUCUGGUACUUCACGAGACGACAUUACCACGGGAUGUAAUAAGCCAUAUUACUAUGUACAACCAAAUUACAAGUCAUAUUACAAACUUGGCGAAUAUAUAC